AUGGCACUCGGUGAUGAUCUCAAUUCUGUACAAUCAGCGUUAACAUGCUAUGCUCUACCAAUCAUUUUAAUCUUGGGCGUUUUUGGAAAUUUUGUAAAUAUUUUAGUUUUUUCCCAAAAACAUCUUCGGAUCAGUUCUUGUGCGAUUUAUUUUAUCUCAACGUCGAUCUUCAACAUUCUUGUUAUGACCUUUGGAAUACCUUCGAAUAUUGUAAUAGCUUAUACGGCAUAUGAUUUUGCAUCAUAUUCAGCUGCCUAUUGCAAACUUCGUUCAUACUUGAUUCAUGUCUUGUUCAUGAUCUCCCGUUCAGCAGUAGCCUUGGCUUGUAUCGAUCGCUUUGCCUUAUGUUCAUCCAAUGUUCGAAUUCGUGCAUUUAGUCAACGCUCAAUGGCCAUCAAAAUGGUAUUAAUAGCUUCGAUUGUUUGGUUUGUAAUUCCUUCACAUAUGAUCGUGUAUGUAGAUAUUCAAAUGCCUAACCGACGUUGUGGUGGAAGUGGAAAUUAUUCAUAUAUCUACGGUUUAUAUGCUGCUAUCGUUACGACAAUUCCAUUGAUCAUAAUGGUAGUGUUCUCGACUUUAGCAAUUCGAAGUUUGAAACACAUUCAAUUUCGCGUUCAACCUGAUCCAAGAAUGAAUGGCCAAACCGUUCCCAAAAAUAUUCGCAUACAAAAACGCGAUGUCAAGUUAACGUUGAUCUUGAUUGGCGAAGUGAUUAUCUACUUUUGCUCAACAGUAUCAUUUCCGAUUUAUUCCAUCUAUGCUGCAAUCACAGCAACUGUCCCAAAGGAUACUCUCCGAACCGCCAUCGAAAGUUUCAUGCGUUACAAUUCAUUAAAUUUCUUGAUCUACGUGAAUGCAGCUUCUAUCUUUUACAUUCAUCUGUUGGCAUCGGGAGCCUUUCGUAAAGAGUCCAAACAAGUGUUAUUUCGAAUAUUCAAAAACGAAGAAAAUCGCAAUGUAUGGUUGUCGACAGCAGGAAUGACCAAUACUAAAAGUCGCUUUGGUAAACGACAACAACAACAGAUGGAAACAUCCUUUAAAAAAUGA